AUUAAGUUACAAUGGCUAAGAUCAUCAAAGAAACCGAAAAAAACUCAUCCACUCCCCAAUUGGUAGGCACCACUGAGUCUACCAAAAAUGGAGAAAAAGAGGUUGUGGUGGAGCAACUUUCGAUGAUUAAAGUUGCUCCACCGACAGAGGACACCCCACCGGUAGAGGAGACGGCGCCGGCAGAAGACAUCUUGUUGACAAAAGAAGGGACGGCAAGAUUUGAAAUUGAAAAUGAAGAGGAGGAUGCUGGCGCAAAUUCCGGCAAGGAGGUGGAAGAAGAGACAGAACAAGCUCUAGAAGUUGUACAGAUGGUCCUGACUAUGACCAAUAAUAAAAGAAUUGAUGCUGAAUUAUUAGAGAGAAUUAUGCUACAGGUGGUGGUGGAUUUGGAGGUUUUGGCAACCAACAAGGAUCAGCUUUUGGUGGGGGUGCUGGAGGAAAGGACAAAGGGGCAGAAAGGGACAAGACCAGCUAGGUGUUGCCUUUUUUUUUUCUCUCUUUUUUUCGUUAUCUUGUAAAUUCUGGAAUCUUAAUGAAAUAGCCUUUUUCUCUUGUUGCUGUGUUACUGGAUUGCUGUUGUUCUUGCUUGUGACUGGUUUAUGUGCAU